AGAGAGAGAGAGAGCUGCGAGAAAGAAAUGCUCCGUUUUCUCUGCUGUUGCUGCUUCUCAAGUGAAAACUCCGCCACCGAGAGGCAGCCUCUCCUGCACCCCACACCAUCUGACCUGAAUGGAGCUGGAUCAGCCAGGCAGAACCGGCCAGGGCACAGUGAUGCACGGACAGUGAGGCGGAUCGGCAGGCUGGUGAUGAGGCGAGUGUGUGUGCCAGAGAUAGACCAGAGGUUUUCUGACAUGGCCGAGACCUUCAACGAACAGCACGAGCGCUAUGAGGCCAUGGUCCGACAUAUCAGCAACCUGCGUCAGAGCUGCGGGUGUAACCACGAUAACACUCUGGCUUUAGCCGAAUGUGUGGGGACGAUCAGAGAUGAGCAUGAGACCAGGUACAGGGUCACCCUUAAGAUGAAGGGCUAUGACUUCACCCUCAAUGUGGUUCCUGUGUGUGAAGGGGAGGAGGAACCAUUGCCUCCACCCCUGCAAUUGGCACAGGAUGAAAUGAAGGGCACUUCUGAGAGCGCCAAAGCCACCAUCUCAAAGGGUACCACACUUAAAGAGUUGAUUGGCUGGCUGCUCCGUAGCAAGGAUCACAUGGCUGAGCAAGUGAGAGGGGCUGCAGUAACUCACCAGGAGCAAGGAAGACUGGAGGAGAACCUGGAGGAGAACCUGAAGGAAGUGAGGAGGGCGAAGGAGUUGUCGCUGGGAUACAGACAACGGGCCGGGGAAGUCGUCACUGAGGCUGCACAGAUAUCAGGGGCUAAUGUGUAGUUUAUGCACAUAUUAGAUUCUCAAUUUUAAUCCACCAACUACAAUACACAGGUACAGGAUUAAGAUAUUAGAGGUUAUACACAAUUAUGCACACACAGAAAGUCAUAUAAAUGCGCCAAGUAUAUCUCUGCUUUGCCGGCCAUUGCAGCCUUUUGUAUCAUAAGACCUUCAAUUAUAUCUUUGUUUUAAAUGUUUUGUUAAACUUUUAAUAAAUCUAGCAGAUACUCACUUUAACACUUGUCUGUGUAAAGACAGUAGUUUCCUGGAUGGGUGAAAUCUUACCAGCUAACAUUAGGGGGCAUUGCAGACUUACUUGACUAUUCUAGCAGUUGCCUUCAUAUUCAUAUUCCUCCGAUUUAGUCUGUUUCUCAGAAAUCACACUACAUGGAUAACGAUUCCCUAAAUUACAGAAUCAGGUAUCAAAAUAAUGAAUGUAUUACUAUUUUUGAAGAAUUUUACACCUAAUGAGACAAAUCUUUGCCACAAGGAAAGAUUGUUCUAAUUUCAUCCACAAUGCAAUAAAGGUCAGGAUGCAGUCUCCAGAAGCAGCAAUGGGAAUUGGACCAGAGUUUUUUUUGUGACUGUGCCAGUAGUGUUUUGCUAUUCUAACAUUCGGAGGGAGCAGAUUUGCUGAUUGUUAUCCACAAAAGCCCAUGCAUUUUUUAACUGAUUAAAAACCACAGCUUUCCAGCAGCUAUUGAUGUGAAAGCAAGCAAACACAUGGUCAUAUGCCAUCUUGAUAAUUCAUUUGGGAAAAUCCAUUGUUCCAGAGGUCACGGUCACGGAGACCAUUUAG